UUACGAUUACAAACUUGCUGGCUCUUUUAAAUAACUACUGUAAAAUGAAAGCAAGAAUCUUGAAAUUGAUAAGAAACAUUUUCUGCGUUCUAAACCUUUUCUUGAAGUCUAAUGAUCAAAACUCAAUGCCGAAAACAUCGGUCAUCUCAUCGCCGAUGUGGGCCCUAACAAAAGAAACCCUAAAAAUGGAUGUCGAGAUGACGCGUGAACACGCGCUACCUCGGAGCGUGAGAAGAGUGGGUUCUGGACAGGAUAUACCCACGUAGAGCUUCCGCUUUGUGGUGUACAUGGUUUUACAGUUGCAGGAAGUUAUUUUUCCAAUUAUCCAUAUCCAUGUCCGGCUGAGCAUCUAAAGGCUUUCCAAGACGAGAUGGGAGGAGGAUCUGUUCUCUACCCGCACUCCCUUCUUCACUUGCCAUCGUUUUCUGCCUCCACCAGACCCAAAUUCGGAACACCAAUUUUCUCUGUAAAAGAAAUAGCAUAUAGAUUUUCCAUUCCGAGCAUAAGAGCUGAUGGAAACAGAGAAAGAUCUCAGAAGAACUCCUCCCAAGGAAGGGCACCCAAGGCGGACGCUCAGGAGGAUAAUCCUCAAUCAUUUGAUGGUAGAUCGUCACCUAACAAGGAAGAGAUCCUAGCUCUCUUUAAGCGAAUACAGUCUUCAAUCUCUAAAGGGGAGAAGAGAAAUUCAAAGGUUGCUGAAGAUAAGCCCUCGGCUGAAUCAAUUUUGGAAGUUCUUCACCAAUCAAGGACACGAGGAAAAGCAAAAAAUCUGGGAAAGAAAGGAGGUAAAUUGCCUUCUGUGCGAAAAGAAUCACUAAACAAAGAGGAGAGAAUGGAACAUUCAUCAACAAUGGGCUUGAGAUCCACAAGGCCUCCAUCAAGUUUUACAAGAAGGUCCCCCAUACCAACUCUAUCAAGCCAAAGAGAUGAAAUUCUGCAGAAAAGUGAAACAUCACCUGAAACAGUCAAAAGAGAUGAAACUCAGCUAAAGAAUGAGACCUUACUGGCAAUGGAUUACAACAAUGAUCAGCCACCGGAGAUUAAGUUUGAGGAAAUGAAACUUGCUGAAUUAAAAGAAGUUGCGAAAUCUAAAGGGAUCAGAGGUUAUUCAAAACUUAAAAAGAGUGAGCUUGUUGAGCUCCUAAUCAGCUCAUUAAACAAUGCUUCUCCAUGAAAUGGAAGCCACUUGAAUAGUUCAAUCGUUGACAAUGCUUGAACGUAAUUUCUUCUGGAUUCGUGUA